AUAAAUUUAAUUGAUUUGUUAAAGGUAAAAGUUAUUUUCUGGGCAGCAGUCGAAAUGGCGCGUAAAUGUGGAUUUUUAAUAAAGGUUUUUGUUGAAAUAUGCUUGUUUACUUUUUCGCACUGUUACAUUGUAAGCAACCAUCCAUGUUGUCAAGAGCCGAGCGAGAAUCUGACGUUAGCCAUGAUUAUCGACGCGUACGAGAUAUAUGGACAUGACCCAACUGACAAACUGGACCACCUGGCCCACUACCAGAUAGAGAUGAUGAAAGUAAAGCGAGCACCUGAUCAGUACAUCAUCAAUGAACACGUGCACAUAGCAACAGAUCAUUUAGCGAGAUUCAUUCAUUUGCACAUUAAGGAGCUAAAGGUGCUUCUCAUAGCAUUAGAAGACACGAUAGACAACAUGCUGACGAUGUAUGACAAUCACAAUGCAAUCAAAACGGAAAGAGUUGCUACUUACAAUUCUGCUGCGGGGGGAGCGGUGCCUUCAGAGUUUUAUAUGAGUCAAGAAUUUUACUGCGGCAAAAACGUGUACAUUUUCAUGUCGGAGCUAUACAGUGAUAUAUACAACAUGGGUCGCGGCCCAGCACCCUACUGCAAGGGUCGGGCCUUCCACUUCAUCGGCUUCGUGCAUUUCAUGGACGAUACCCAUUACUACUUAGAAGAAGACCCUAACAUCGUCUUUCAGAUGGACAACUUUAUUCAUGGAUUAGAGUGUCAUCUUGGUGUUUGUAUUUUCAGAUUCCCGUUUAAGAAAAACCUACAGCACAUUCGCGAUGUUUCCACGCUACCCAAAGCGAUAGUGAAGUGUGGUACAGAGAUGUAUAAGCUGCCGCCGCUGACCGCUGCCUCGUGCAUCAUCACCUCAGGGUCGUUCAUACUCGACUUCAACAUACAGGGCAUUCGGUUCAGGCAUUAUGAUUAUUUGUUGUCAUUGCCGAAUGGACACACGUAUUAUACAAAAGAACCAUUCUCACCGUUGGUUUGCGACCACCAUGUUUGUGAAUGGAACAACACGAACUUUUAUGGAGGUCCAUUCAUAAUUCCCGGCGAUCCUGGAACCGGCUUGUCUCCAAUCCCACCAUUCAUCGAGCAGACGACAGAGACGUUCCAUGUCACCACCGAUCCCAGUAUUGGUGAAUUCAAUCCGAAUAUCACUUAUUCUCUGGAUGGCUGUUGGUUCAUGUUCCCACCCAACUACGGCUCCAUCGCCGGCAUCAGCUACUUGGACCCCCUGAGCGUCAAUGAGUACCGGUUUAGCUGCCAAGGCUCUGGUAAUAAGGGCCUGUACUGGUACCCGCAAUGGAUGGGUGCGCCGCCACACCACCCGUAUCCGCAGUCAGCCGACGCGCCCGCCGACCUGCCUCAGGGAGCACCCGUCCCGUACUAUCCGCACCUCCAGCAGCCGGAGAAGCCGAUCAACUUACCCAUCAUAUCCAAUGCUUGAAUAUACUUUAUACAAUUA